AAGUGUUAGCAUUAUCAUCUCCAUCGGUAUCUUGACCAGAAUGCUUUCAUUCACUCUAGCUUUCGUGGCCUUGCACGGACGGUGUAAACAUUGACGCAACGCUGCUGUUAUUGGGCUUGGGGCUACACGUAAGCUUGCUCUGGCGGCUCGAGUGCUGGUGUUCGUCUUUCUGGUGGUGAACAGCUCGACGAAAGAAUAGACGUGGAAGUGUUCUUGAUAUUAUCGCCGUCGCUUCGUCCAUGUGAAACUCACCCGCUGCGACUCGCCGGUGAUACUGAUACUGUAUCUGCUCGAAACCUCAACUCCUCCGGGCGCCACGGUCGUCCUGGUCGUUCUCAGCUUCGCCGAUCCGCCGCAACGACCACCGAGGAGGUCCUCGCCCACUCGGAAGUACCCGCAGGUGAGCUUCAGCUAACAGUCUCCAUGUAGAGGGGGCGGUGGUAGAGUGAGCGCGAGGAUCUAGUGUGAGUGAGGUCCCUCGGCACACGUCCCCAGCCCGCCAUGGAGGGGACCAGGUCCCUGCUCUCAGACAGACUAGAGGCCCCCAAGCCACACUUCUCUCUGCGGCUGGAGGACGCCUCCCCCCUACUGCCGGACAGGGGUAAGUCCCCCCUCACUCUGGCCAUGGACGCCUCUAAUUCCCAUCUGAGCUCUGUGGCUGAAAGCUUCAAGUCUCACUUCCCCCCAAGCGCGGAGGGCGCUAAGUCACUCCUGCAAGACUUGGAGGGAACUAUGGCCCUUCUUGCGGCCCGGGGGGCGGAGGGCGCCAAGGCCAUGUACCCCAUGGGGAUGGAGGGCCUCCGCUCCUUCCUGCCAUAUGGCGGAGAGGGCGUCAAGUCGUACCUGCACGAGCGGAUGGAGAAGCCCCAUAAAGCCGUCCGGGAGAGGAGAGAGUCGAGCAAGGGGACGGAGGGGAGCGGGAACCCCGAGAGCGGCGAGGGGAAGAGGUGUCAGCAGCACGAGCGUCCGCGGGAGGCCAAGAGCGGCUCGGCCAGGAGGGAGGCGAGCCCCAUGGCCCAGCAGUUGUCCAACCCUCGCCACGACGCCCAUCUCGUCCACGCCAUCAGAGAGUUGCAUGAAGAGGAAUUUGGUCUAGAUGCUGUUCUCCUGGCCGAGGGCGGCCACGUGGGGGCUCACUGCGCUGUUCUGGCAGCUGCUUCACCUUUUCUCAAGACCCUGCUCCUGCACGCCAAUGACCAUCCUGCCAUCAUCUCUGUCACAGGAACUACAUUAGCAACUCUUCAGGCACUAGUUACAUGCCUAUAUACAGGUAGCAUUCCAGCUGAUGCAAGUUUGUAUAACCUCACAGAAGCUGCCAAACUUUUGAAGAUGGAUGAUUUGGCAACCGUCCUACAGAAAACACUUCUUGCUCAAGGUGGAUCUCUCUUGGACGUCUCCAAGUCAUAUUCCUCUUUGAGGCCCAGCAGUGGGUACACGUCGUUGGCCCCAGGUUCAGGUCAAGAAUUACGAAUUGAAAAGACGGGCAAGAAAAUCCGCAGUAAUCGAUUGGACCAGAUUCUUUACCAGAAACUAAAUGUGAAUCAUUUGGCACCAUCUGACAUCCCUGAUCCCACUCAUGUGCCUCCCCAGGAUCCUCCCCAUGUGCCUCCCCCAGAGUCUCCCCGAGUGCCUGUCCUAGACUCCUCUAGAGUGCCUCCCCCUGACCCCCGUGGGGGAAUCUUAGGUGAAUUACUCACCAAAGCAGACCCUUUGCGAACAGUGUUCUCCACCCAGUCAGCGUACUCUAUUGCUGAUUUAGGAUUUGAUUCUUCUGGCACUCCUCUCAGACCUCUUAAUUUGUCAAAGCCUAACAAGAGUCACUCUCCUUCCAGUACAUCCUCAAUUUCCUCCUCGUAUAGCACUUCCUCAGUGUCAUCACCAUAUACUUCUUCACUGUGUUCUACAUCUUCCACUACUACGACAUCAUGCAGUUUAUCAUCUUCAAAUAUUGCAUCCCAGUCUGAUAUUAACCUUAGUACCCUGUCAUCCUUGGCAUCAGCAAUGCCAGCUGGCAGUAUGUCAGGUCUCCUUACUUCUUUGACACCAUCCAGCUUACCUUCAAUGAUGUCUCAGUCUGCCCUUGCAUCUCUUGCUACUUCUUCAACAUUGGCUUCUCUUGCAGCCCAACACUCUUCUAUUCCCACUUCUCCAUCCAAGAGCAAAAGCUCUCCUAACUUUAUGAGUAAUAGGAGCAGAAGUUCCAGCAAGAGUAGCUGCAGUGGGAGAAGUACCAGCAGACUUAAUAGCAGCAGUAACAGUAACAACAACAGAAAGUCUAGUCAGCACAGCCUACCAUUAUUGUACACCCUAAAAGGUGGAAUAAUGACCCCAGAAGUUGCCAAGGAAGUAUAUGAACAGUUGAAGUUGAAUCCACAACUAGCUACACUUACUGGUUUUAACAAUCUGCAUAAUAUGUCCAGUCUUAGCAGCUCUAGCAGCCUCCAGAACUUAGCUGGUCUCCAUAAUCUAUCAAGUCUACAGAGUUUUCCAUCGCUCUUCCCUUUCCUUGCACCUGUAUCAACUGAAAGCUCAUUAGCUAGUGGAAGUGCCAUUUCUUCUGGUGGCAAGAAAUCACAGACAUCACCAGUGCCACCCUCAAGUGAAUUCUGUGAUGCAAAUACAAGUUCAGUACCAAAUACGACCACAAAUGAUGCAAACUCAGUACAAGCCUCUUCUGAUGAACCUCAUGUGGCCCUUAACUUGAGUAGUAGUGCAACAACUACAAGGAGUGAGUCUCCAGAUGUGGUUACUGUAGAGGACUCUAGUGUGCCAGUAACUUCUGCAAACGGCAGUAUUACUCAGCCUUCAACCCUUUGUGUUACUGUGGACGAUGAUGAAAAAAUAAUUCCAGUAUCUCAAACGACACCUGUUACAGAUGUAAUUGCUAAUGGCCCCACUAGCUUGUGUCACAAUUCUGUUGAUGGUACAAUUGAUGUUGUGGGAAGUAACGAAGAUGGUUUGCCUAGCGUUAGUGUGGCAGCUGGACUGGGACAUGGUGGCAUCGUAUCGCUUUCAAGUCAAAGCAGCACUUUAGAUGGCAGCAGUCUUCCUCUGCUUCUCAUGAGUUCUGGAUCAGCAUUAAGUGGACUCGCUCAGUCACAAAGUGAUAUCAAAGCUAUCGCUGACCUCUCUCCUGAUUCUCAGGGUGCACUGCAGUUGGUUAAAACAAUUUUUGCUCUUCAGGAUUCAGGCAAGCUGGCUGCAGAGCUUGUGGAAACAUGCGAAGACAUUGGAAUUGAAGUUGUGGAUGAAAUUCCUGGAAUAAAUCGCUGUCAUGUACAUGCUCGGAAAACUCUCUAUCAUGCUGGCCAUAUGGGGAGAAAACGGAAAGGAUGUGGAGAGUGCGAAGGUUGUCAAGUUGUUGAAGACUGUGGCCAAUGUCGGUUUUGCCGUGACAAGGCAAAGUUUGGAGGUCCUAACAGACUAAAGCAAGUUUGUGUGUACAAAAGAUGUGUCCUUGCUGAGAUGGAGCCAGAAGAUUCAAAGAAAAGGCGGAAGUCGAGUGGAAAAAAGGGCCGAGGAAAGUGUGGUGGCUGUGAUGGAUGUCAGCGGACCAGUGACUGUGGAGAGUGCUAUGCCUGUCUCCACAAUGCAGCCGCACAGCCACCAGCGCGGAGAAAGGUUUGUGAGAUGCGAGUAUGUGAGCAACAGCAGAUGGAGGAAGUCCGUGCAGCUCUCAGUGUAGCUGGGGAACCCUCGCCCUACUCCACCGAUUCACUCAUGGCAGAAAGUCUGGGCAUGAACUCCGGCACCUCUAGUCCAACUCCAGAUGGCCAGCCUAGUACCCAUAAUGAUAAGAUGAAAUUAAUGAGGAAGAUGCUGAAGAAAAAAUUUGCCCAGCCCUACAGCCGGGUAAGCCCAUCAAAGGUACGAACCAAAUACUACUGUGGAGAAUGCCCAGGUUGUCUUACCACAACUCCCUGUGGGAACUGCUUGUAUUGUGAGGACAUGCCAAAGUUUGGAGGGCCUGGAAGAUAUAGACAGAAAUGUGUGAAGCAGUUGUGCGUAUACCAUCCCCGACUGCAAGCACUGAAGUUGUCAAACAGAUCAAAACUAACGUAUGAUGAGCAACACAUUGCCCAGGAAACCCUCUCCCAUUUAGCAUGUGCCCCAGAAGGAGCUAUCCACUUAGAGUGUGAAGUGAGCCCAAUGAGCAGAGAGCACCUGGAAGAAACUGAAAGUAUAGAAGAAAUUGAACAGAUAGAUGAAACUGAUGGGGUGACGGAAGGAGAAGAUAGUAAUGCCAUGUCACAGGUCAGAAGCAUUUUAGAGAGCAUCAGUGCAAAAGCAGAAAUGGAUGAAGCAGGGCCAAUUACCAAAGUUGAGUCAAUACCCCUUAUCAGUGUCACCCCUGAACCAGUCAUUUCUGAAAGAGAGGCACUGCAAGUUCCUGCCGAUGUUCCUGUCUCCAUAGACACGCCUGGCCUUGCAGAAGAAGAGCAACCAACUCGCUUGGCUACUGAGGAAGGUGAGGAGGACUUGGAGGAAGUGGAAGAGGAUGAAGAGGAUGAUGAUGAAUUGGUGUCUGAAGCAUCCGAUGUUCCUUCACCACCAUCGACACCUUCUCCGCGCCCUAGAGUACGUGGACGAAAACAUAAUAGAGGUAGAGGGCGGGGGAGAGGCAAACUUACAAGAGCGAGUCUAGCAAGGUUGAAAAAAGCCACAAGACGAGGUCGUAGACGGAGGACUCCUCGUUUCACACUUGGUCCUGAGGAUCAUUCUGAUUAUGAAGAUGAGAUAAUGUUAGUGGAAACUGGUGAGUCUGUGGUAGAGGAGCCAUCAGCCUCUGACAAGUGUGAGACAAAGGGAGACUCAGAUCUCCAACCUUUGAAUGAUGUGUCAACUAAAGACAUCAACAAUGGCCAAGGAACCAAAGAAAAACCAACUAAUAUUCCAGCAGCAGAGAAAAUUGAGGACCAAGGAUAUUCCAAAUCAUCCACAGUGGAAGUGAAAGGCGACAUCAGAACUGUGCAUAAGGUUGAUUUGAUGUUCCAAGAGUCGCAGGUGAAUGUGUCGCAGAAUCCUAGUGAAAACACAGAUUCAGUUAGUCAUAAGCACAAUGGCCCAUAUGUAUUUCAUGAUGAGGAAUCCAGUCAGGGUGGAAGAGAUGUUAAUGAGAACUUGGGGUCUGUAAGUGAGACGGCCUCUGCAUAGCACUUGCUUCAGAAACCUAUAAAGCCCACCCAUAUUCCAGUACAACUUUCAAGAGAAUAAGCUUGCCAAGUGUGACUGUUUGACGGAUGUGUGUAUAGACAGACAUUAUAUACAUACAUAUAUAUAUAUACAUAUAUGUUAUAUGUGCAUAGAAUAAGAA